CACGGGAUCGACGUACAUAUUACCUACUUGUCCAGCGCCUUUUUAUUGGGUUCACUAUAGCGAUGGCUUCCCGCUUCGAGGCUCGCAAGCAAAACAUUUUGGAGCAGCUGGAUGCCCCAGAUGGAGAGUACCACGAUCUCUCACCGAAAGGCUCCAUCGACGCACCCAUCCGUGACUUGAUCAGCGAGAUCAAUGCUAUCGAUGGCAUAGUCACGACCAGUAGCUGCUCCGGCAGAAUCAGUGUUUUCCUUGAAGGCCGAAAGACGAGUAGUGAUCCAUCAAAAGUCGCUGAAGAAGGCGAGGAGUCACGCGCUGGACCUGGAGGAAAGGGCGGCGGAGGCACAUGGCUGUUCAUUUCACAUGACCCGGUAGAAGUUCCAGAUGUAGAUUCUGCUUCAGAGUUGUUGUCGAGGUUUUCCCUCGAGGAUAUUGCAUCUGCUGCAGUGAGAGAGGUCGGCGUUCACCGCCGAUUCAUUCAUCUCAAGUUCGAGCCCAUGAUCUUGCACAUAUUGAGCUCUUCCCUCAAUCAUGCACAGAAGUUACUGAACGCUGGAAUGGGUGCUGGCUUUCGGGAGAGCGGUGCGGUCAGUUUGGGCUCAUCAAAGUCAGGGGAGGCCAACCCAGUGGUUGCUAUCCGAUCGACCGGCUACUCUUUCGACUCUAUCAUCGGUUAUCAAGAUGACGAUGGCCGUAAUGUUUCCCUCAUAAGUGCGAGUCAUAUAAGGACUUUGAUAUGCAUUGCGAAUGAGCGGUUCAACAUCAAUCUCGAGCGUAUAGCACGCUUUCGAGCGAUGCUCUUGGACUCAUACCAACUUACGUCUACUUCGACAUCCGGAGGUCCCAAACCCGAUUGGGAAGACGCAGAUGCCAGGAAGCAGCGCAAGAGAGCGGAGGGUCUGGCACGACAGCGAGCGCUGCUAGCUGCAAGUUCGGACGAAAAGAUACCUAGCAGCAAUGAGUCACUUGAAAUGAGUGAUGUCGGAGACAUACUUCGCGAAGGUGUAGUUGGCAGCCUUCCGUUCAUGGGCAAUAUGUCUCCGAGCUAGCAUCGCCCGAAUGAGGCUGUUGAGCAAGUUACCGGGGUGCGAAACGUACACAAGGUGUUGCUAUGUGACUCAUGCGCAAUUCACAAGCAGUCGAAGACUCAUCGAUGGAACACUUUGUAAGCGCUUCUCAUACCUCAACUCCUUGGACCAAUUCUGUGGAGCUAGUAUCUCCUCCGGCCAAUGGGAGCAUUUCGUCAGUAGCUCCCGGCGACAUUCAACAGCCUCAUAAAUCUCCACAUCUCUCCGCAACGA